AUGGUGUUGGCCGCCGCCGCCGAGGCGCGCACUGAGCGAGGCGCGGAGCCCCCCCCCCGCCGCAGCGAGGGAGCGAGCGCAGCCCCCUGCCCGCCCGCCCGCCCCACACAGGCGCGCGCCGUGUCCCUCGGCGGGGGGAGGACGCGGGGCUCACGCACACUCAUCCCGCCCCGGGAACGAGGGGAGGAGGAGGGAGGGGGGGGUGAGGAAAAUGUCCGCCCGCCGCUCUGCCCCCGGCCGCUCCCUCCGGAAGGGGGGUCGGGCUCGGCGCUCUGCCGGCCGGGCUCGGGGCGAGGCUGGCGGAAGCCCGAGCCGCCGGUGGGGCGGACCGGGGAGCGCCGAUGCGCCGCCAUUGGGUUAAGGCGGGCCGGCCGCCAUUUUGGAUGCCGAGUCGCCUCGCUGCGGGAAGGUCUUGGCCUGAUGUCAGAAGAACCUACCAGUGAAUGUGCAUACAGAGAACACAAGUACUUAAGAAAACGAUACCAUCUGAAAUGUAAAAGUGAAUAAAGAUUUGCACGUAUGUAACAAAGCAGAACUAUACCUUUUCUUUGUAUAAAAAUUAUUCAUUUACAGUAUAUACAUAUUACAAGAAAACUGACAGUGCUUGAUUUUGGAUCCAGAGAUAAGGCAAUAUUGAUCUGCUCUCUGCUGAUGGAAUUCUGUCAAAAAGGGGUUGAGGUUUCCUCCUAUGUUAAGAGAAGGGCAUGUUGUCAAAAUAUAUAUAUAUUUAUAUGGUUCUGCAAUGAAUUUAGUGUAACACAUUGUUAGAGGGCAGCUAACAGUGCAGUAACAAGUCAAGUUUAGCAGCUGGAUGCAUGACAAAAAGAAGUUUGUAGGUGAAAUUUGAUUAAGAUACACUCCUCAAUUAUCUAAGCCUUAAUUAGUUCUACUAGAGCUGUUAUGUGAGCAGAGUUGCUGAAACAAAGUGAUUAAAAAACUAGAUGCCUGUAAGAGUUUUUAGUUUUACGGCCAUACCCAACUAUGUGUAAUGGCAUCUAACAUUUAAACAUUAAUACCGGUUGUGUGAAUGGUAUGUUUGUCAGUGAGAGUCACUGGCAAAUUGUGCAGUAAAAGGAAAAAAUGGUUGAGCAUUUGAAUAGCUUUUGUUGUAAGAAUAAACUAAUUUCUUUUUUUCAUCUGA